AUGGAAGGGGCCACACCCGACGUAAAGAAACGGCGUGCGAGCAAACCAAAAGUUCGUACAGGAUGUACAGCUUGCAAAACUCGGAGAGUGAAAUGCGAUGAGACGAAGCCUGCAUGCUAUAAAUGCCAAGAGUACGGAUCAUUCUGCGAGUACCAGCUCCCUCGACCCGCUGUUGCGGCACCCCUACCUCAAGAUCGUGGCAGGGACCUCGUUUUUAUUCAACCUCGUCCGUUGCAGCUGAUAGCUAGCCCCCCAGAUCCUUUUUCAUACAAUGAGGUGGAGGGUCGCUAUUAUCGACUAUUUCACGAGAAACUGGCCUUCGACUUGAGCGGUUAUUUUGAAGCUCCCUUCUGGACACGGCUUAUACCACAACAAUGUCAUCACGAACCGGCCAUAAAAGACGCAAUCUUCGCUUUAAGUGCGUUGUACAAAUCUGCAAUAUCCUCCAAGACAAAUACGGUAAAUUUGGACGAUGAGCAUGUCAAAUUCGCUUUGGUAAAGCAGAGCCACGCCAUUAGCUCACUACGCAAAACACUGUCUAGUGGACAACCCCAGAUGAGCCUUGCUCUAGUAGGGAGCUUGCUCUUUUCAUGCUUUGAGAGUUUCCAUGGGGACUGGGAGACAGCGACACAGCAGGUAUAUAGCGGGCUUAAUAUUCUGAAGCGUCUAAGUGAAGAUGAGAGACGGGAUGCAACCAAUGGCCUUGUUGAUAUUGGUCUCGAAGUGGGCCUAACUUUUCGGCGUCUUGAGAUGCAGAUAUUAUCAUUUCUUGCUAUGAACCCGAUGCUGGAGCACCCCUUUAACGACAUGAAUAUUGAGGAAAUCAAAUUAGAUAUGCCAGAUCAGUUUACUACCUUUAACGAAGCUUUCACAGCAGCAACUAAUUUGGCCAUUUCCAUUCUUCGACAUUCAAGGGCAUCCGCCCGUUGCGGAGAUGAUUCAGGUUCUCGGGACUUAAUUGAACAACAACAGCAGUGCCUCCAGGGACGAAUGGAUCAAUGGAACAAGGCGUAUGAGCCUGUCUUUCUAGAAGUAUGUCAAAAUCCUGUUGGCCGAGAGUAUCUCGGAGUUCUCCAACUUCGGAUCUGUAUGUGGAAAUGCGAAAUAAUGAUCGCUACAAGUAUGGCUAAUACAGAAGUCGCCUUUGAUAAUUUCACGGCUCAGUUUCAGAGGAUUACCCAUUUUGCACGGCAUCUACUUCGGAAGGACCAGGAAGUUCGAGAAUCGGUUGGCCCUAGACUACAAUACGGCAUGGGAUUGAUAAUGGCUCUGUUCUACACGGCUACUAGAUGUCGGGACGUUUCCGUUCGCAGGGAGGCCAUCGCUAUACUUCGGGAGUGGCCUUGCACCAAUGGGAUCUGGCACAGUUUGCAGGCAGCAAAAGUUGCGGAGUGGAUAGCGAGCAUCGAGGAAGAGUGCUGUGGUGUGCUGAAAUUUAUUCCAGAAGACUGUCGGGUGAAAUUACAGAGUUUGAAAGUGUCGUUACAGAAGGGUGUGAUUGCUGUGGAAUGUAUGCAAUAUUCUGUUAAUGGUGUCUUGGAGCCCCGAACAACAAACCUGCAUUGGCUCUAA